UUAAUACUACUCCGUACUAAUUUUAUCAUUUCAUUAGAAAAUUCCAAGAAAAAGGAAACUUGCUCCUUUCUUUAAUCUUCAUUCUUCACUGCUGAGUGCUGACUAAUCGAAAGAAUCAAAACAAACCAACUCCACCAGGCAUGUAAACACAGCGCCACCAAAACCAGGAAAGAGAGAAAACCCAAUUUUAAACAAUACAAAAAACAAUGAGGCCCGACGACGAGCCCGAGAUAGCCCGUCCUGGAUUGGUGCCGGGUUUGAUCGGCGGGCACCGGAAAAAGGGGACCGGGGUUCGAGCCUGGCUAGUGAUUGACUCAGUAGGUCAGGCCCAAGUGGUUGAAGCAGGGAAGCACUCUAUCAUGCGACGAACGGGCCUCCCGGCCCGAGACUUGAGGAUAUUGGACCCCCUUCUUUCAUACCCAUCAACUGUUCUUGGAAGAGAGAGAGCGAUUGUGAUAAAUUUGGAGCAUAUUAAAGCAAUUAUUACUGCCCAAGAAGUUCUUUUGCUCAAUUCUAAAGAUCCUUCUGUCACCCCUUUUGUUGAGGAGCUUCAAAGAAGAUUAGUGCGUCUGCAUCAAGCUACCAAAAUUCAGGAUGCUGGAGGUGGGGCAGAUAAUUCUGAGUGGCGAAAUCUAUAUGACCUUGAGGAGCCCCCAAGCACUGAUGUUAGCCCUCCAGAUGAUCUUUGCGGCUUCCCUCCACGUCAAGGGGUGAGUGAUGAUAAGAAUAGCUUGGAGGAAAAGGAAGAUUUGAAGAACAGAGAUGGAGUGAAGGUCCUUCCGUUUGAAUUUAUAGCACUGGAGGCUUGCCUUGAAGCAGCUUGUAGUUCCUUAGAUAAUGAGGCGAGGACAUUGGAGCAAGAAGCUCAUCCAGCCUUGGAUAAGCUAACAUCAAAAAUCAGCACCCUGAACUUGGAACGUGUUAGGCAAAUUAAGAGUCGCCUAGUGGCUUUAACUGGGCGUGUCCAGAAGGUGAGAGAUGAACUUGAGCACCUGCUAGAUGAUGAUGAUGAUAUGGCUGAAAUGUACCUAACUGAGAAGCUAGCCGAGCAAAACCUUGAUGAUUCCUCCGUUUCUUCUGUUAAUGAGCAUGAUUAUGUUAGUGAUGGAGUCCAAGCUGAAAUGGAAGAAAGGAUGCCUGCUGAAAUAUCGGAAGUUAAUGGGGGUUCAGGCAGAUAUGAAAGUGAUGCCAACCCACAAGACCAAUAUUUUGGAGUGCCUGCGCGACUAGCCAGAAGUGGGACACGUACUAGCACAACACACAGUGCCAUAAGCAAGCACCUUGAUGUGGAGGAGCUUGAAAUGCUUUUGGAGGCAUACUUUGUUCAGAUCGAUGGCACACUUAAUAAACUCACUACGUUGCGUGAGUACGUGGAUGACACAGAGGAUUACAUUAAUAUAAUGCUGGAUGACAAACAGAAUCACCUUCUGCAAAUGGGGGUCAUGCUCACAACUGCAACUUUAGUCGUGAGUGCUUUCAUUGUUGUUGCUGGUAUCUUCGGGAUGAAUAUCCACAUCGAGCUGUUCGAUCCAGACAAAGCUGGAGAUCCGGAAUUUCUCUGGACUGUUGGUGGUGGAGCAACAGGUUGCUUAGCCCUUUAUGUUAUUGCUGUCGCCUGGUGCAAGCACAAGCGUUUGCUAGAGUGAUCACACAAGUGGCCAUUGCAAGAAUGAUGUGGUGUAAUUGGUUUGUAUAGGUUUGAUAUGAAAGUAAAUUUUUUGCUUAGAUGCACUGAACCAUGUAAAUUAGCAAAAUAAGCUGUUGUAAUUUUGUCGAUGGAUUUCAAUACAUAUUCAGACCGGAUUUUGAUUUACACAGCUAUUAUAUACAAGUUUUACAUAUAUACUUCCCACUCCA